GUGUGCGUGGUUGGUGCACGGAGGAACGGAGGAGCUAGUCAAUGGUAAGAAUAAGAGGUUAGAAAGAGGGAGACGGAGAGGAAGGCCACGCGAAGACCGAAGCGGCGCGAAGUCACGCGGAAUUGCGGAGUUUCGCGAAGUCGCGCGGAACCGGCCGAGCGGUCGCUUCGUGCGACUUCGGGAUUCGGUACAUGUGGCAAUCGGCGGCUACGCAGCGCCGCGCUCUCGCGUUCCGUUUGCCGUUCGCAACCUCAUCCGGCGCGCGAGCAUAUGGUCGCGGACACGGACCGCGCGUUACGAUUCUUCGGUAAAGUGAGUAUCCCGUUUUCGCCGAGAAGUUUUCGAUCGAGAGUGUCGCUUGGGAACGUACAUGUAAGAUUCAAUCUGCGCUCCUCUCUGUUUUCCCUCCUAUUUUUUUUUCUUUUUUUUCUUUUUCCUCCUCUCCGUUAACGAGGACCGCGGGUGGUUGACGGACUCUCGCGUAAGCAUGUAUAGCGCGUAUAGCGCAAUAACAGCGACCGGGUUCCGCUCGGAUCGCUACUAACGCGUCUGAAAACGUCGCUCUAGGAGAGAGAGAGAGAGAGAGAGAGAGGGAGAGAAAAAGAGAGGUGAAGAUAGAGAGAAGAGAAUCUCCGUUCCAUUCUACGGCGGAGAUUAUAUAAUUUCCUCGAAGCGCGUUCCUAAGCGUCUGGUAACGGAAUCGGAAUAACAUUCGCGAAUCUACACUACCGUUUCGCACCUGACACACCCGAUAGAGAUUGACGUCCAUGCGACCGCGCGUGUCACCGUUCGCCGACGAAGGGGCGGGCGAUAUCGCCGAUAGACGGUCGAGUCGAUAGGGGAAAAAAAAAGGGAGGGAAUAGUAAAGAAACAUGUGCUCGACGUGAUACGGUCAUCACUAUACCUAUCGCCAGUGUAAACGGUCACCAACGAUCACUGUGCACGAGACGACGAUCUACGGCCGAAAUGUCCACGUUGAUAGGAUCGGAGUUUCAUGGAAACUACAGUGCCCAGCCAGGGAGUCAGGUGGGUGGAAACGCCGCGAGUAAUGUAGGAGUACCUACGGGUAGAGGGCCCCCGCCGCUCGGCGGUAUACAAACGAUAGGACAAUCUGCAGCGGGUAUACCACCAGGAGGUCCCGCUGGAGGACAAGCACCCUCGCAGGCACCGACACCUGGAGUACAGUCGCAACCGCCACAAGGUCCAGCGCCUACUACGACACCACCUGUGCAUACACCGUCGCCUCAGGAAAUGGGAAAACAGGCCCACUUACAGACGCAGCAACCGUCUUUACAACAAGUUUACGUGCCGACGCAAAACAGACCGGCGUCUCAAGGUUAUUAUCAAACGGGUCCAAGGCCACAACAACCGCGAGGUCUGAGUCACAGAGGUGGUCAAGGUGCCAGUGGAACACCAGUAGUCGGGAUGGCUGGGGUAGGUGGAGGCGGAGGGCAACCGCCUGCUAUAUACCCUCAUCCGGCUGGUUUACCAGUGCAAGCAUCAAGUGCAAUGUAUUUAAGUCAAAGUCAAGUCCAUGGUCUUCACACGGGGCCUCAUCAGCAAUCGGUGUAUCCCAUGAAUAGUCAAAUACCGAUUCAUCAGUUUUCUGGUCCACCUCAAAGGCACCAGCCACAAAAUCAGUCGUUUUAUCAAACAUUUCAACCCCCUCCACAAAUUUUGCCAAAUGUGUUCGCUGGAUAUGCUCACGCGCCCACUCAGCACGGCUAUUAUUAUGCAGCGUCAAACACAAUGAGUUUGACUAGGGCGAGUACAAGUGCGGUCAGCGGUGGUGCGCAACAUGUCGCAGGUCCGCUGGCCGGUACUCAAGGUGCUCCAGUUGUACCGCAAGGUACACUUCAGCAACCUACUCAACAAGCCCAACCUCUGCCUCCGAUGGGUAUACCUCUGUCACAGACUGAUGUAUAUUCGGGACAUAAUGGUGGUGUGACAAACACUAACAGUACCACCAGGUCUCGAAAACCUAGAGGCCAGAAUGCCAUUUUGGACAUAGUAAAUCCAUUAACGGGAAAAAAUAUAAGUGACGAAAUUUAUAAGGAUAACGAAACUACACAGAGUGGUGAAUCUAGUAAUCGCGAGACGCCACAACCACAGAAUAACGGUGCGGAGGUGAUAGCCGAUUUCGCGGCUCGUGUCGCAAAAGCCGCGACCGAGGGGUCCGAGACGGUAUCGACGAGUGCGUCUGAACCAGCGCCUAAUACAAUACAAACAACGGCGCAAACGUCGUUAUCGAACAUUCAUAGCAAUUCCGCUAAUGACACAAAUAGUCGGUGUAGCAGUAGUCCGCCUAUGACAAAAAAUAUAGCUGGUGCUGGCGCUAGCAAAACGGUACCUACGAUAAAUAGUCAAUCAUCGUUAGGUACUUGUAGUAACGUAACGCAAAGCGACUCAAAUGUAGCUAAAACAGAGUCGAAAGCGUUGCAACUCCCCGUGAAGGAGUUCCAACCGAGGAGUGAAAUAAAAAGUGUGACGAUCGAGGAAUCGUCACCCGUCGUAUCCUCGGUGGUAGUCGCGAAUAAAGAUACUAUUUCCGUACAGCUUACCGCGCCGAUUGUUAACACCGAAACAACGUCUGUGGCAGCGACAGUGAUGGCCGAAGCUGAAUCAGAGACCGUCGGAACUACUGGCGCUGUAACUGCAGCCGGAGUUGGAACUGCAAGCGGAACUGGAUCUGAGACCGCCAAGCAUCUCAGCGCCUCGUCCAAUGUAAUGCAGACACCGGCUACCCCAUAUUGGAGUAAUGUUACCCAGGAAAUCCCGAAACCGUCCGCCACUGCCUCGAGCGCCAAUCCCGUUCCUACUAGGGAGCCGUUCCCUAAUCUCGUGUCAAAAACUUCAUCGAACUCGCCGCCGAGGAGGAAACCCAACGCUACCGAGCUGCCUUCGAAUACCAAAGAGCAAAAGGAGAGGAAGACCCGGGAGAAGAGUCUUGGUUCUCGCGGUGCCACUCCCACGCCCGUCAUUCACAAUCAGGCGGCGGAUCACCAUCAUCAGAAGACGAACGGUGACGCAGCCGGUGACAAAACUGAAGCGGAGGUGGUGCAUCCUAGAAAUGAGAUACAGCAGAAACCAUCAGAUGGUAAAGCUAUGCAGAAACAAAAAAGCAAAAAUAAAGUGAAACUCCGCGAAUUGAAUCGCAAAGGCGCGGAGAAGGAAGGCACGGACAUGGAUGCCUUUGUAAAUACCGUAUCAACAGCGAAAACAGCUGAGAUCAAGCAAGACAACAAGGAGCAGCACGCACCCGCCCUGAAAGACAGUAAUAAAGAACCCAGUAGAGAGAUCAACAAGGACAUCAAAGAAAAGGACAGUUAUGAGUCGAAGAAGGAAAAGGAGAUUUUGCCGGUUCACGCGAAAACCGAGAAACAUGUAUCCACGGAGGUGUCUAAGGACAGCACUCCCGCGCAACAGGCACCUCACGUUGUAGAAAAACCUCCGACCAGUAAAGAAUCCUCGACAAAGUCGGAAAAUAGUACGUUUAAUGCUCUUCCUGCGACAAAUCCCAAUGACGUCGUCGAUCACGCGGCGGUCAUCGAAGAGAUGCAUUUGGAAGCAAUGGUCGCGCAAAAAAAUGAAGAAAACUUUAAGGUGUCGGCUCUUCAUGCGUCGAACGACGAAAAAGCGACGACGAUUCCAUCCGUGACUACAGAGAAGAAGCAAGAAGUCGAGGUUUCCAGUGAUAGUGGUAAUGCCCCGGCCGAAAUUGCUGCACCUAGCGUUAAUAAGACGGCUCCUCCAUUACUCAAGUAUUUGUACAAAGAGGGCCAGUGGAGUCCGGUUAAUAUGAGUGGAAGGAAGUCCUAUGAUCGGGAAUUCCUGUUACGUUUACAGUUUGAUCCUAACAGUAAACAAAAGCCAGCUAAUCUACCAAAUUUACAAGCUGUUUUGAAAGAUAGCUUACAGAAUGCGCAUAAUACUAUGGAUCUGAGGGCUUUUAAGGAUGCUAAUAUUACUAGACAUGAUUCGUUAAUGCCAGGAUUUGCAAAGGCAAAUAUGAGUACACGUCCGCCACCAACGAGUCGUAAGAGUGAAAGUCGGGGUAAACCAAAACCGAAUAAGCCAAAUGUAAUAACAUUUUCAUUGUCAUUAAGAGAGGACGUGAAGCUAAGGGAAACAGAAAAUGCAUGGAAACCGACGAGAUUAAAGCAGAUUAAUCAAACUGAGGAAGAGGCGAAAACGGAAGCCCUUUAUAAAAGAGUACGAAGCGUAUUGAAUAAACUCACUCCGCAAAAGUUUAGCACAUUAGUUGAACAGGUUCGAAGUUUACCGAUUGAUACGCAAGAACGUCUACAAGGAGUCAUUAAUCUCGUUUUUGAAAAAGCUGUCGACGAACCCAGCUUUUCCGUUGAGUAUGCGUUGUUGUGCAAAGAACUGGCCCAAAUGGAAGUUGCAGGCUACGAAGGUCAAGAUAGUUCCAUUAGCUUCAAGAAACUUAUUAUUACACGUUGCCAAAAAGAAUUCGAAAAGAAUCCAAUUGAUGAUGUCGCGAGAAACCGAAAGCUAAAAGAAAUUGACGAUUGCAUUGAUUCGGAGAAAAAGAAAGAACUCCAGUUGGCACUUGAAGAAGAGGAGCGUAGGAUACGAAUUAAAUCUGUAGGAAAUAUCAGAUUUAUUGGCGAGCUGUAUAGACAGCAGAUUUUGACAACGAAAAUUAUGCACCGAUGUAUUCGUCAUCUACUAGACCAAAACGAUGAAGAUAAUUUGGAGUGUCUAUGCAAACUGUUAACAACGAUUGGCAAAGAUUUGGAAUUGAAAGGACAGCAGGCUAAUACUGAUGAAAUGCAAGAAUACUUCAAUAGAAUGCAAGAGAUUGUUGCUCGAAAAGGCCACAGCAAAAUUAGUUCUAGGAUUCGUUUUAUGCUUCAAGAUGUUAUCGAUUUGAGAGCAAAUAAAUGGAUUCCGAGAAGAAAUGAUAACAAUCCUAAAACAAUAGAUCAAAUUCAAAAGGAAGCGGAAUCCGAAAGACUAGACAUGCAAGUGAACAGCGUUCCGUUAAAUACUGCACGAAAAGACGAUCGUAAUAACGAUAGGAAAAGAAAUCGUGGGCUAGGUGGUCCCACUGACGAUGGUUGGAGUCAACCAGUAGGAAGAGUAAGACCUGCGACAUAUUCAGUGGAAACUGCAAAAUUGAAAAAUAAACCACCACCAAUGGACGACAUGCAACUUGGCAACAGAGCGUCUUAUUUAUGGAGGAAUACUAACCCGUCCAAUAGCUCUAAGACGAUAAGUUCCAACAAAUUUGCAUGCUUAGAGAAUAUGUCCAAUUUAGACCAGGACAAAAGAAUGCCACCUUUACCGCUCUCUGGAUCACGAUCAACUGGUCCAAGAGAGUGCAGCAGCCGGGAUUACAAGUCUUAUGAUGGUAGGAGCUCUCGUAACGGCACUCAUCAGUCGGGUAGUGCUUCGAGCAGGGAAAGUCAUUCAUUACUUGAUAGUUCUCAAAGCCGGAAAGUCCCGAUGGUUGCGUCUGUAGUGAAGUCUGCUUCUCAGUCUGGAGCUAUAAGCAGCCACAAAGCUCCAAUGUCGGAGCAAGAAUUUACAAAGGCUUAUAAUUCUAUACUGAAACAUUAUAUGGAGGAGCCGAUUAUUGACAAUACGGCAUUAGAGAUUCAACAGAAAUUUGAUACCGCUACAUUUGCCAAACUUACACGCGAAUGUAUCAAUCACGUUCUCGAAAAGUCGCCCAUUGAACGAGAACUGAUCUCAAAAUUGUUAUCCCAUUUGCUUAGGAAAAAUAUUUUGCCUGUGGAAUGUUUCAAGAAUGGAUUAGGAGAAGUGCUGGAAAUAGUAGAUGAUUUGGUCAUCGAUAUACCGAAAAUUUGGACUUAUAUAGCUGAAAUACUGUCACAUUCGAUAGAGGACGAAGCUGUCACAUUAUCUGAAUUGGAGAGUACAUGUAAAAGUUUGAGGAAGCAAGGCUUUGUAGGAAAAUUCCUUGGAGAACUUCUAACGAAAGUAUCUCGUAACAAAGGAUGUAAGUGGGUUGCCGAAAAGUGGUACCAAAGCAACCUACAACUACACACAUUAAUUGAUCCGGAACGAGAAAAUGCUGAGAAGAUUAUACAAGAAUACAAUUUGGAGUUUCUGACUGGUGAUUAUAAUAGUGCCAAAGACUCCACUACUAUCGAGCAACUCUCGUUGGAGAAAAUUCAAGAAACCCUUGUAAGGCUCAUGAAAGAAAAUACUUCUUUUGAUGAAAUUUGCAGUUGGAUAACUGCAAAUAUUGGUGAUAGAGAGAAGGAUCCCAAGUUUAUAAGACAUUUGAUAACUGCCAUCUUACAAGCUACAUUAGAACGACAUCAUGGUACUUGGAAGCUGAACGUAGAAUCUUUUACUAGUUUGCAAAUGUUGAUUCAACGGUUUGUGGACGCGAACGAAGAAUUAGAAUUGCAAUGCCUUUAUGCAAUUCAAAGAUACAUUAUGCUUAUCGAGUUUCCACCUGGUGCUCUUGUUUCCAUUAUGAAUCGAUUGUGGAUGGACAAUGUGAUAUCAAGCGACGCGUUCCUGGCAUGGCAACGGAAAGCGCCAGAAGGACCUGAUGUCGAAGGCCAUAGCGUCUCACUCGUCACUCUUACGUCAUUUUUCACCGACUUACAAGAACCGGACGAUAAUUCCAGUGUCGAGGAAUUGUCAACUAGUGCGAAUCAGGGCUGUUGACGAUACUGUGAUCGAUUGCAUUAUCGUCUAUUAAAAAGACUUAAAUAUGCGUUUCCUCGUUGAAAGGAAAAUACAACGCCCGAAAUCAAAUUACUGUUGUGUUUUUUUUUCAUAAACAUUGAAAACGCAUGAACGCUCCAAGUAUCGAAGGAAAGAAAUAAUGAAAAAUAAUGAAAUGACAGAGAUGUAUGUAAUAUAAUCUAUAACUCCAACGACUCUCUACCAAUAAGUAAAGAGAAGUGAGAGUGUUGACUAAAUAAACAAACGACAGCUGUAUUUGAAAUACAGUAUACAUAAUGAAGAUAAAGUUUAACUAUUAAUUAUUACAGAACUAUGCAAAAUAAUUAUUAUAUAUAAUUCAAUAAAAUGGUUCAAAGUUUAAAUAAAGCAAAAAAAAAGUGGCUCGAAAAAUAAUUAUUAUCGUGUUUCUUAUGUAAAAUGUUUCUGCAGCGCGAAGUAGGUCGAUCGCUCAAUAGAACCGGAACAUGCGUCUCUUUUUUUCCAUUGCUUGGAAUCGGGAAGACCAAACGUUACUUCCAAUUAUAUUAACGCUAAUGUCGCAGAUCACAAACCGAAGUGCUUGUUACACGAUUUAGAUAACAAAUUGCAGAUCGGAAUAUGCAAUCUGAGAGUAUAGGUCAAUUUAAGUGGAAUAAAAAAUUCGGAAAGUAAGGAAAAAUAAAAGAUAACUACCGAAAUAAAACCAAGUCUGAUACUGACAGCGAUAUGGUUCUUCCUAUUAUUGUAACGGAAUACGGUAUAUAUAACAGAAUUACUAAUUUAUAUCUUUGCAAAUAAGAACUCAUAAUGUAUCAUAUUAUAAGAAAGGACAUUCAUGAAAAAAAAAAUACAAGAGUACAGUGAAAGUGAAGGAUAUAUAUUGCGAAGAUAGGAUCUGUAAUCUAGAACACAUUGAAGUUAGGAAAUGAAAGAUGAAUGGUGUGCAUAUAUACAUAUAUAUAUACAUAUACAUAUAUAUAUAUAUAUAUAUAUAUAUAUAUAUAUAUUAAGGUACUAUUUUUUAACACUAGCUAUUUAUAAUCACAAGGAAUAAGAGAGAGAGAGAAAACAUGAGAGAAUGAUAGAAAGAGUGAGAACAGAGUGCGACGCGUGGGAACAUAGGUAUGUAUCCACGUGGCUAAUGCUGUAGCGAAUUGUAUAAAAUUGUUAUUAAACUAAUUUGAGGUACAGCGUUGAGCUCGCCUUUGUUUCGAACGUGCUCGUAUAGGAGAGACUGAUUUUCCGUGUGCAUGUGUGCGUGUACAGCUAUCAAAGAAUUAUGUUUAUCCGGCAACUAUCGUUAAGUGCCGAUACCACACGAUUUAUCGCACCUGUAAAAGGUAUCCACACUCGGGAAAAUGCGAAUUUCAUAGAGGAUGGACGCAGACUAUAUACGAGAUAUACUUUUGCAAAAGUAUACAGAAGUCUUUGCUUUGGUCUCUCAAAAGGAAUCGUCAUCUGUCAGAACCUUCGAUCUACCAUUUUCGAAAUACGAAACACGGACGAAUCGAUUACAGACUUGAAAUUACAUGGAGCAUACCUAUAUAUUGUAUGUAAAUAUAUAUAUUAUUAUUUAAGUA